AUGAAGCAUACGUUGCUCUUUGACACCGGCCCAGAAGAAGCUGCAUGGGAGAGGAAUGCCGCACGACUUAAGGCUGACGUGGGUGCGAUUGAGCGUAUUCAUUUAUCUCACUGGCACCGCGACCACUCCGGAGGACUGAUCCAGGCCAUCAAACUGAUUAAUGGGGCUAAGUCAGCCGACCAGAAGAAUGUCGCUGUAGACCUGCACCCGGACAGGCCGGAGUAUCGUGGUAUGAUGACACCAAUGGGUGUGCCUCUUUCCCUCGAGGCAGAUCCAAGCUUUGCCGAUAUUGAAACAGCUGGCGGCCUCGUGGAGAAGAGCAGUGAAUCACAUACCGUUCUAGAUGACAUGUUUUUGGUGUCCGGCGAGAUCCCUCGAGAGACUGUGUAUGAGCUCGGCAUCACAGGUGGAAUCCGGUAUACACAGAACACUGGCAAAUGGACCAAAGAUGAGUUGAUCGCUGAUGAACGACUGGUGAUGUGCAAUUUGAAAGGCAAAGGCCUUGUCGUAUUUACAGGCUGCAGUCACGCCGGGGUUAUCAAUGUGUGCAAGCAUGCUCUGAACCUGGGUGCCCCUAUAUGGCGUGGUUGGUGGAUUUCAUCUGGCCGACAAUAA